AUGGCCUCCACAAACUCGGCCACGAAGCCGAUCAAGAAGAUCCUGGACGCAACCAAGAUCUCUUCCUUGACCUCGAAACUCGUCCGCAGACCCCUCGACCCCAAGGCUCGCGUCCCCAUUCAAGGACGUCCCCGAGAGGGUAACUCGAAUGCAUUCAAGGAGGCUUCCACCCGCGAGAGCGUGCGGUUGCAGAAGGCCUUGAAUGCGGUCGCUCACGGCAAGCACAUCUUUGUCUACCACAAUGUUCGGACGAAGCAAGUCGUGUACUCCCUGACUCGAUACCUGGAGAAAACCAACCUCCUCCGCCAAAUGGUCUACCACGGCAAGAAGACCGUCCCCGCUGAACUCCGCCGCGACAUGUGGGUUCCUUACUACUCCGUCCACUUCGGUGAUGCACGACUCGGUCUGCGCGCCUAUCAACUUCUCCGCGAAUUCUCCCUGCAACGACAGCUCGCCCCGCCAGCGGAGAUGAUCACCGAAUUCGACAAGAUCAACCUGAAGCGAAUCGGGCAGACGAUGGAGAAAAGAGAACGUGCACGUGUUCUGAUGAACCAAAAGGCUACCUCAGUUGCCGAUAUCGCCGCGGCCCUGAAUAUCCAGGAUAAGGCAAUUGCGAACGGACUUUUGGACGAGGCAUCCAAGCGCGGAUAUCUGACCCGCAAAGCGCGCCAACGCCGCCGCGCAGCCCUGGAGCGCAUGGCGAAACACCAGGAGUGGAAUCAGGAACACAUCGCCGCGUUGGAGCAACGCUUUGCCGACCUUUCCGGCGAGGAAGUGGAGAUCGGCGAGGCGGAUGGUGAAUAUCCCGAAAAUGCCAAGGACGUAAAGAUCCUCUGGCGUGAUGUGCACGACGCUUACUUUGCCGAGAGCUGGCCUGCUGAUGUGCAGCACGGCGAGCUGGAGCUCAAGCGUACUCACAUCAUUGGAGCUGAGCUUCGCCCCGAGGGCUCGGAUGAGGUCGUUACUGAGCACCAGUUCAACGAGAGAAAGGAGGACCAAUAA